UUGCUAAAUAUGAUAACUAGAUAGCCAAUAAAAUUACAAAAAAAUAUUUAAAUAGUAAAAAAUAUGUUAAUUUAACGUGUUAAAAUUUAAAAAUAAAUUUUAAUUAUGACAUGUAUUUUAACAUUUAUAUAAAUAUAAAUCAUAGCCUUAAUAUAAAUAAUUUAACAACUUAAAUUAGAAAAAAAUAAAAAUCUCGGGCGUAGCCCGGAUUAAUCCCUAGUACUUUAGAGGGCUGGCUAUAGACGGCCAAGGGGUGAUCCCAUUGAUCAGUCAUUGACUAAUCUCACGUAAUCUGUGAUGAGAAUGUAAGGUAAGCGUCAAGGGCUUUGAAACUUUUUUUUCGGUCAAAUGUCCAGCCCAUAGACUAAUUAAAAUACAUCAACAAAUAAUAAUAAAAUAAUAAACGAGUAUAUGCUCCUUUCUACUAUAAUGUUUUUCCACAACGGUUUCUAGAAUCUCUCUUUGCCCUUAAUAACUACGAACAAGAAAAUUCAGACUUCGUGAGUAGUAAUUUUCUUUGUUCUUCAAUUUUCUGUCGAUUGAAUUAAUCAGAAGAUCUGGCAAACAUGACAGCUUCUGAGCUUGAUAUAUCCACUUCAAUCAGCUGUAGCCUGUAUGCUCGGUUAAUUGCUAGUUACAAGAUUGUUAAGCUAGAUGUCAUCGGUUUAUAUUAGAUUAACAAUUUUAAAGUUAUAAAAUUAUAUUACAGAUCCUACAAAUAUGUUCAUUUCAACUCGGGACUCGGGUAUCUCUCAUAGGAUUAAAAUGUAAUAUGUUCUAGAAACUCAGAAAUGAGAAAAAGAAGAACAUUUCGAAUUUUCUAGUAAAAUCGUAAUUUUAGUCAAGGUAGAGCUCUGCACACUCCACAACUCUAGAAGCUAAACUAGUUAUUGCCUUUUGUUUUCGUCACCUCACCUCACGAAUGACAUAUUUGACUAUUUAAUUUUCGGUCCCCCUCUAAAGAUAUUAGUUAAUUUGCAACAUAUAUCCGAAUACGAUCUCAAUCAAUUGUCUGCGUUUUUUCGUAUUAAGUUUACUUCAAGAAAACUAGACAUCAAAUGGAUAACUAUCUAACCAUUAGCGUUUUGAAGCGUCUAUAUUAUUCUUGUUAAUUAAUAACCCCAGAAAGUAUACGAGUUAAUAGAAGAGAGAAUAUAUAUGGACAGUGAUCUAUUAUUAUCAACGUUCUUUUGUAUCUCUACCCCAUGCAAUAACUUAACGUAACAUAGGCUAUUAUAAUUCAUAGUCGCACUUAUUCUCUUUUCUUUUUCUUUUUUUUUUUGCUAAACAUUUUGUCAAACUUGUUGACAGUUGACGCCAUAGCCAGCUAGACGUUUAGUCGGUAGAAGUUUAUUGUGAUGGAAUAGCCAUAAUCUGUCAACUAUCUUGAUAUAUUAGAAGAAAUCUAUGUUAUCACUUAUCAGUAUUGAUCUAGCAAUGUAACGAACUAACGAAUAUGUGUCACUGUUUCACUCAAAAACGACAAUAACAGUUUAUAUGUUAUGUCCAUCGCCGCGUUGAUAAAUAUAUGUAUCCGGACUGAAUCCAGACCUGUUUUUUAGUCGAUUCAAAUUCAGAUUUUCGGGUCUCUAUAAAAUGUCUAGUCUAGCGAAAACACAAGGAAACUUGGGAAAAGUCCAAAUUGCAUACUCUUAAAGAUAAUCAACCAGGCACUAAAUUUAGAAUUGGCUGGGCCGGGCCUGUGAAAAUGCAUUGAUUUUGUGGCAUGAUUGAUUACCACAAACAUUUGGUUUCCGUAUCCAAUCAACUAUGAGAUUUCAUCAUAAUUGAUGUUGAUGUUCAAUAAAACAUGCGAUGAUUUUACGAGACAAUAUAGAUGACGUGCAUUUGCAUCCAUCGCCGAAUUAGAACUCAACAGGUUGGCAUGUUGAAAAUAAGGCAAAUAAGGUUGUACAGAUACAACAUUUCAAAUGGUGAUAAUGUAUAUAUGGAAACACACAUGAAGCAAUGAAAUUGUGACAAAUAACGUAUACGUUAAAGGCGUACGUUGUUUUAUAAUUGACGUUUUGUUCAUGCUUUACUAAUCAUCCCUUCUAAUCUUAGUGGAUCAUACAGUGGCAGCUCUAAAUCACUGUUUUUUUUUGUUUCUUCUUCGCAAAAGUCUCAAAAUAGUAGUAUUCUUUGUUAUUCAUUGAAUCAUCACUUGUCAUGUGAAUAUGAUUUGAUUGAUUAAUGAUUACAUGUUUGAUGUUGCCACGCUUGCAGUGAAAGAUUCAUGAAUAAAAUGUGCACAUUCCCUUGAACUAUUUGAUAGAUUCCAUCACCAGAUUAACAUACGUUCAUGCAUGUACCAUUGUCAAGAAUGGCGUAUCUUGUUUUUCUUUUUCUUUUGCUUAAGCCAUCUUCAAUCAGGACACCAAAACACUAAAUUUGGUGUAAUUUCAUCUCGAACAAAACACUAAAUUUGACAUCAUCUCACCAAAUUUGGUGAAAUGUAAAUAGUAUUACACUAAAUUUAGUGUAAUACUAUUUAUCACACCAAAUUUUUAAAAUACAUAUUUUAUUUAAUAAUAUAGUUCCAUUGCUAUCAAAUUUUUCAUUAAACAUAAAUAUAUUAUGUGAUUUGUAUUUUUAAUUGAUUUUCACAUGAUUAAAAAAAAUUAAUUUUUUUUUUCAAAAUAAAUCACUAAAUGAUUAUUAUUAUUUAUCACUUAGAAAUAAUGAAAUGUAAAUAAUAAUCUAAUUGUGAAAAAAAUAAUUAUUUAUCCAUUACAAAUAAUAAAAAUAUAGAACUUUAAAAACUGAAAACAUCAAAUAAUAUAUAAUAUUACAUUUGGUGUAAAAUUUGGUGUCUUUGUAGGAAAUGACAAAAAGAUCGUGACACCAAAACACUAAAUUUAGUGUAGUUUCUAGACCAACUUUGGUGUCAUUGUUAGAGAUGUCCUAAGAAACUACUUGUUUGAUUUGCAUAUUGAUAUAUAUUGUCGGACUUGUGCACUAACACGGAUAAACAUGUGUUUUUUGUUUGAUAUAUUCCGUCGAUUGAUCGGCCAAAUGACAAUAAAUUUAGUAGUGACUGUAGUAUUCUAGUGUAAUUUUUUUCUCAAAAAAUCAGUAGAUUACAUAAUCUAAAUUUGAAAUAUUUUCCGACUAAUAUCAAUAGGUAACCAGAUCAUCUAUCAUAACAUUAUCUAAUUGUUUAGGCUGAAACUCAAAUCUAAACUUUUCACAUAAUUGUAAUUUUGUUUAAUGAAAGUCCAAACCUCUAAGAAAAUAUUGUAUCACAUUUUCAAGUCCUGUCUACCGCUUGACUACGUACAGAAGGCAGAUAUAACAUACAAAUCAUCAUACUAUAUCAAACUCUAUAAGCUCAAAACAAAUGUACUUAUAGAAAUAUAAAAUUAUGCCAUCAAGUCAUAUAAUCAUUUUUAAUGAUAUGUGUUAGUGAUCCGCAUCGAAAUUGUGAAGAAACCAACAUUAGAAUAUGAAUGAUAUAUGCCUCUUUACUCAGUGACAUAACAUUUAGUUUUGAUUUAAAGCUUAUUACGGUUCUUGAAAACAUUUGAACCAAAUAUUGUUCUAUAUCUAUCCAUAUAAACAAGUGUUUCAUAAAUCAUAAUGCUGAAUGGUUGCUAGGACGACUCGAUCGUUUACCUUUGACUACAACUCUAUCUAUCAUUGAUCAUCCAUUGAAAAAUGGCAUUUAGUAAAAAUGCAAGUUAUAAUAAUAAUCUCGUCUCAAUAUUUUUUUUUAAAAAAAAACUCAAAAGAAUACGAUCGUAAAUCAAACAUAUAUAUAAAUUGAUACGCAUUUGUUUGACCGUACGUACUAACUUCUUCAUAUUUGCUUUAUCAUUUGUAAUUAUAUGUAAUCUAGUAUAAAUAAACCCCUUCAUAUUUGCUUUAUCAUUGUAAUUGUAUGUAAUCUAGUAAUACACUUCUUCAUAUUUGCUUUAUCAUUUCUAGCUAUAUGUAAUCUAGUAAUAAACUGCUUCAUAUUUUCUUAUCAUUUGCAAUUAUAUGUAGUCUAGUAAUAAUGAUAUUAAGCGAGUGCAAAAAUGUUUUUAUGUGAUCCCACUAAACUAAUUGUAUGUGAUGAUCCGAUCUUAUCUUGCCAUGUAAUUACUUUUAACAUUUAAAGACUAAUUGUAAUAGCUAUUGUCACUUUCUUGCAUAUUAGAAAAUUUCUGACUUGAGUUUUAUAGUUAGUGACCGAUCGGUCAUGUACGAAGACAAAAACAGUAAAACCUAGCUAGGAAACCAAUACAUAUUCAAAAAAGGGACGGAGCUACAUAGAAUAAUAAAUAGAGAUAACCGAAGUCAACUAUACAUAGAAGUCGCCAAUACAUGUCGGAAUGUAAUCUGAAACUUGAUUUAUGUAAGGAAAACACCAUAGUCCAUAGAUUUCUUUGAAUAGAUCACUUGAGUUUAAUGGGGCCAUUAGAAGAAUUUUGAGAAGCUCUAAACCUUUGACUAUGGACAAAGUCAAAAGUAUGGUGGCCCAAUGUAUGGUCCAAUGAUUCUUCCACUUGUGUCCCUUCUCAACACUGAUCCCCUUCAAAGUUCAAACCAUCCUUUUCACCUUUGUUGUCCCUUCCCACAAUAUUUUCCAUUACAAGCUGAGAUUGAUCGUUGAAUAAAAGAAAAAAGAUACAGUUAUCAUAGUAAGCUAAUUAAUAUAAAUACUACUCAGUAGCAUAUGUUUCUACACAAUUAAAGCCUUUUUGGGUUUUGUUUCUACACAACUAAAGCCUUGCCUUUUUUUGUUUUCCUCUUUUAAAAAAAAAAGAGUGUACAUGGUAAAAAAAUGUGUACAUGGUAAAUAAUAUCGUUUUUUUUAAUAGAAAUCAAAAGUUUUACUAUUUCUAUCAAUCAUCUUUUGUAAUUAACGUAAACGCAAACAUAAGUGUCUACAUGCGAACAAAAACGUAUUCAUUCUCAUUGUAGACCUAUGCUUAGCAAGUAAACGCAAACAAAAGAAUUACUACAUUUACUCGAGUGAUCCAUAAACAACGAAAAUCACUUUUUCUUUACCCAUUUUCUGACGAGCCGGAACUAUAGCUUUUAUUCUCUGUUGUCAUGGACUCAUAGUUCGUUUUCUUUUGUCAUCAAGACUCAUAGUUCGUAUAUAUAUGUUUGUUUCCAUGUUAUUUAAAGAAAAAUAUGUAUGUUAAAUAAACCAAAAUAGUUACGAUUUAUAAACAUGUAGCUUUAGAAGACCACCGUAUAUGUUUUUUUUUUGAGCAACUAGAAGACCACCGUAUAGCUUAUGCUCAGGACCGAGUUUUGUAUUGUCAAUAAACUUUUUGUUUAGGCACCAAACUUUUUUCGGGUGGCUUCGAAAACUAGGUGAUCGCUGAUGAAUAAGAAAGAGGUCACCUUGUAGUUGCUUGCUUAUGAAAAUUUAUAAUUCAUAUAAAAGUUUAAUCUCUUUUUUAUUUACAGUGAAAGAAACGAGUAGAUGUGUUAGGGCAUCUGCAGCGUAAGUUUAUAAGAUGUGAACUCUAUGAUGUGAAACUAUCAUUGAAGACCAACACAGCCGGAAUUGCUUGGAUCAUUGAAGACCCCCCCGAUCCAUCGACUCGCGGGGAACGAUGAUUCAUCAAAACGUCUCCUCUCCUCUUGUGGCUGAAGCUCUAGCGGUGAGGAAAGCUCUCCAGACGGCGUCCUCCUUGAACGUGAUACACCUUCGAAUGUUCUCCGACAACCAAACCCUGAUCAGGGCCAUCAACGACAACGUUUCAAGAAAGAGAUCUAUGGCAUCUUGAAUGAUAUCGAAGCUUUCAUUUUUCUGUUUGUCGAUCUAUACUUUUUCUAUCUUUCAAGGGCUGAGAAUGGGCAGGCUGAUGCCUUAGCCAAAUACAUUCUCAGAAACUCAAACCAUGUAAUGGGCCAGCCUAUGGGCUAAACCCCUAUUUUCCUUUUUAGUAAUGCAAAUUUCGUUGAUCCAAAAAAAAAAAAAGAAGUGAAACUAUCACUGGCUCAUUUUUAUUUUUGUUAUUUAAAGGUUUACAUAUAUAAUUAAAUAACAAUAAAUAUAAUAAUAAAAUACCUAAAUGGGCAUUUAACCACCAAUGAUGCUCUUAGGUUUCUUUACUAUUUCAUUAUCAAGAAAAUAGUAGCAAUACAAAUACUUAUGAUUGUAGCAGGUUCUGCGAAUAAUAUUUUAUGUAAGUCAAUAAUUUUCUACAAAUCAAAUGAUGUCUCUAAUUUUUUUUUUUUUUCAACGUAUGUCACUCGCCCUCCGGUUUUUGGUUGACCGGUCUUUAAGUUGUUUGGUUUGGUUUAAUAUUACUUUCUUUUUUAUUAAUUUUUCCUACAUUUAUAUUAAUUUCCGCUGUUUUGUAUUUUUGCUAAAAACUGAUUUGUAAUUUUAAAACAAAACUCAAAAAAUUAAUAUGAAGAAUUGAAGACUAAAAAAACCUAUGCUAGCAGGUUGGUGUACAACAUUUUCAAUCCAAUCAUUAAUUGGCUAAUAACUAAAAAAUAAGAAGUUAUAAAACGAUUUGAAAAAUUGGAUAUAAAAUUUAAUCAAUUUUUUUUUCUUCGUCAUGCUGACCAUUGUGGUCAGCAGGAUACAUAUUGAACUAUAAUUAUCAAUAAUUACAACAAAUGUUUUAAUAGUUUAGAAGUCGUUAUAGGCGCUCGCUGUAUAGGAGCAGCCGUGAUAAAGAGCCGUCUUGAUAAUAUACGUCUUUCUUACAUUAGUACAAUCCCUACAAAUCACACACAAUUUUUUAUGUUUAACACACAUCAUUUUCUACAUUUUCAAACCCUGCAAAUCACAAUUUCUUAUUUUAAAGACAUCAAUACACUUCCGAUAUAAAACUAAAAUACUUUUUUAAUAGAGAUUUGAUAAUUAUGAAAUAGUUUCCAUUAUAUACAACCACUCAAACUAGCUACUUCAAAAACUUGAAUGAUUUCCUAUUUAUUUAUGAGAUAUUCACAAGUUAGCCAACAAUUCAUGCAUAAUUGCAUAUAUGUCAACAAGCUAUUAUAUUACUCCGGCUGACAUUAUUAUAUAUCAUUACAAUAUAUAAAUCUUAUAUACUACAGUACGACAUUACUUAUGACAUCUUACCUACUACCAAAUACUAUAUGUACAUGGUUAGAUGCACAUGCACAUAUAUAAGAAACAUCACUUUAAAAUAUUAAAGUUUAUGUCAAAUUUUUUUUUUUAUGUCAGAUUACCUAUUGCUUAUCGGAUUCGACGCUUUUUGUUUUCUUUCACUAAAAAGUAAUUAAUAUUCGUCUUAUAGUUGUGUUUAUAUAAGGUGUUAGAUGAUCACCAGCUCCUUAUUUGGAUUUGAAUAUUUGGUCAUUAGAAAACCAUUAAUUAGUCCUUAUUGGUUUAUUUUUGUGAUUCAAGCAAUCAUCUAGUUGAAUAUAGGGCCACAUUAUAUACAGUCCUGAAUCAAGCAUGACGUUUUAUAUAUUAGUUAAAUGCCACGGACCGCAUGUACGAAUACGAACCUCCGUGAUAACCUAUCGCUUGCGUAAUGAUCUAGGUAUAUAAAUAAUAAGUGGUGCCAUAUUUAUUCAUUUAUAGACUCCAAAGACAUGAAUCACGUAACCACGAUUUGCGACGAGAUAUAUGCAUUUUUAUUAUCAUAAUAUUUAAAGUGCAAUUCUCUCCGCCAAGAAAUACCCCACUAUUAGAAGUCAACACAGACAAAAAAAAAUCGAAAAAAUAAUAAUAUAAAAGUCAAUAACUCGCCAGUUCUCAUCUUACUAUAUUCUUAUAUAUAUAUGCUAAUCUAAUCUUGAUAUAGAAUCACCAACCAUCUUCUUCUCCUAGUUUCUUCAUCUUCACAAUCUUAACUCUUGUACAUAUAUCUUAAGAGCUUCCGUGGACAAAAAAAAUUAUAUAUGUAAAAAAAUGCUGGGAAAAAGAAUAGCUUCUUUCAAGAAUCUAGCCAAGAAAGUGAAGAGCAUUAACACGAGAGAAGGCGGCUCCGAGUCAACUCAGAGCAUGUCUCUUCUGAUGGGUGAGGCGGAAGACACGUCUCCGGCGGCAACAAAGACGCCUACGGGAACGUUUGCGGUGUACGUAGGGGAAGAGCGCGUGAGGCGGGUAGUGCCGACGAGCUAUUUAAAGCAUCCUCUCUUCAGGAUGCUCCUCGACAAGUCACAUGACGAGUUACACUGUCUCCAGCAGAAGGUUAUGUUGGUUAUCCCUUGUAGCCUCUCUGUCUUUCAAGAUGUCGUUAACGCCAUCGAGUCUUGUCACGGCAACUUCGAUUUCGGAGAUUUUGUGGAGGAGUUUCUUUGAUUUUAAUUAAUCCAAAGAACAUUUUCAAGACGUCGUUAACGUUCUUGUUGAUCAUUUUGUUUUCGUUUUGAUAUAAAAAUAGAUUAUUGCUUAGGUCUUUUUAGGAAAAUAUAUAAUCGUUUAUGGGACUGAUAGUGAAAUUUGUGAUUGUAUACAUUAAUCCAACACCCCUUUCGUUGCGUGGUGUGGAAUUAUUUUUUAUCGUGGAAAUAAUUGUAUUCAUAUAUCAAUACAUAAUUAUCUCUUGUUUUGGGCAUA